AGUGCUCGUGUGAGAACGGAUGCUAUGCUUGUUAUCGAAUGUUUGUGUGAAUUUUCAUAGCUUGUUCUUUUUACUGUUCCUAGAUGCAAUUUUUGGUGAAUUUUUAUUAAAAUCUAUAUCUUAGUCCUAAUUGUAGCAGUUGCACUUAGUGAUAGAACAAAUUAUUGAGUGGAAGAAAAAUGCGGUUAACCAACAAAUUAUGCGCCCAACAUCUAGGAUGGACUUUCAAAAAACAUUGGUUAGUUCAAGGGAAAAGAAUACCAGGUGACACAGGAGCUGUUGAAGAAGUGAUAAAGAAUGGUGUUAAGUUACAAAGUGUUACUGAUUUAACGAAAUCUGAGGGGCAUAACCAGCGAGAAAGAAAAUAUAUUGGCGAGGAGGUUAUUAAUCUCAAUUGGAACACAAAGCCGAGCUACUUAUUUGGUGACAAUAACAUAUUACUUAAGGGUAUUCAGCAAGCUGUAGUGCUUACAAAUACUAUUGAAGAACAAAGUUUGCCGGGUUGUAUACAGGAUUCUUUAGAAAGAGUUCAAAUAACUGGAUUGUGCGAGCGCAGUAUAAAAGAAGCAAUUAUGGCUUCAAAUAUAUUUUCAGCAGAUCAAGAAAAGUUGCCCAAAACAAGGGAUAAUGUCCGUGUUGGAUAUAAUCUCCGCCGAGAGUAUGGUAUACCAAACGAAAGAAAAAUUACGAUAUUGUUAAAUAAAUUGAUAACCGAAUGCGAGAAGAUUGCGGGCCGCAACAUAAAUUUCCAACGGCGCAUAAUUGACCAGGUCAAUUUUAAUUUUACUUUGCCUAGAAAUGAGGAAACGUUACUCUUUCGGGUGAAAGCAGAGAAGUUCAUUACAUCAAGUCGAGCUUUGGCAUCCAUUAAAGGAAAAUUCGAUUCAGAAUUACCAAAUAUAUAUCCCCUAAAAAGCACAAUAUCAAUGCCAAAAGAGCAUUUAUAUUCAAAUAAAACAAUUAGUCCUUUUAGUCGCGACAUAAAUUUUCAUCCUCAUACAAUAUUCGUAUAUUUUGAUAAUGACAAAGUGGCAAACCUUCAUGACGUCCCUGUAAACUUAUCUCAAUUUCAAAGUCGCAACAUGCUUAAAGCAUUUGCAGUAGCUGCAGCACGCGCUAAACAACUUUAUGGUAAUUCUGACGUCGAGAAAUUGACUAGGCCCAUAGUUGUGCAAAGUAUACAGACUGAUGGCCGCACGUUUCACUUUGGUGUAUUUCAACUAAAUGACUUACGUUCCGAUGACUUGGGAGGAGCUAAGAAUUAUUGGUUUCACUCAUCCAAUCUUGAUCUUUUUGAAAAAUGCGAAUACGUUUCUGGAAGGCCCAAAUUAAUAGGAUUUAAUAAGGAUGUUUUGCGAUAUCUGUACGCAUUUUAUAUAAAUUCUUAACCUUAAUGAUUCUAAACACUUUUGAUUAAAUAAAAACAUAAUUUAGUAACAGACAGAUUAAACUUAAA